UGUUGGCCGUGUUGGAAUUGUUUGUCGACUGCAAGAUGAGGUUGAGCCCAAAAGAAUUAGAGGGUCUUCUGAUACAUCAAACUGGGUUUUUGGCUCAGAAACGACUUGCACGUGGUUUAAAACUUAAUUUACCCGAAACUGUGGCUCUGAUCGCUUCUCAGGUACUGAAAAACCAUGUGGUUACAAGCAUGUGUAAAUUAAUUUGUGAUGCUUGAGUGGCAUUGUUCCCAUGCAAUGCAACAUGUACGGACUUUUGGUGAGAACCCCCAAACAAAGCUUCGUGUUAGAUGAAAUACUGGUAUGAUACAGGAAUACGUGUUAAAAGUUUAGCUGUUGUUACAUGAGCUUAUAAUGUGUGUCCUUCCAAUUAACUGUAACUAAAGAUGCGAACAUUCGAUUGUUUCUCACGCAAACACAGUAAGCCCGCUUACCACGCGAACACUUUGCUUCCAAAGAGUGUGAAAAGGACAUCUUUACUCUAAAAGCACCACCAAAGUCUUCCAUCCACACCAGUAUACUUGUUAACUUUUCUGGAGAGAUAUUUUUAUAGUUUUUGCAAGAACUGCAUGGAUGCAUACUAAAAUGUGGGGCUGUUUUGAAAUCUUGCCACUGUUCCCCAUUGAAAUGCAUUUUAAGUUUCAUUCAAAAGUACCCAAAUUUCCAAAAAAUCCCAUAAGUUCUGAAUAAUGCUUACAACUUCCAAGCCUUGCCAAAUGAGCUGAGAUAUUGGAAAUUAGCUAAAGGGGUGGUCCUUAGCAGGGGUGAACAUUGUUCGGCUCUGUUUACUUUUUUGUUCAAAUUUUAAAUUACAGCUCAAUGAAUUCAUCCGUGAUGGAAAGACUGUUGCAGAGUUGAUGAACAUUGGGAAGCAAUUUUUAGGUCAGUUUUCCCUUAUUGAUGAAUUAACAUCUACCCUAAAGAUUACAAACUGGUCUAAAUGCCAGCAACUGAGCUGACUGCCGUUGUUGUCUUGUGCCACAUAUGAACAGGUGGAAACUUCAGGUGGAAUCUUGUCAGCACAUUAGGAAGCGCAUAGCGAACAGUAUAGAGAAUAAGCAUACUGAUGCUAGAGUGUGAGGGGUUAAGGUUUUUUCCUUUUUAGGUGUGAAUCAAGUAUUACCAGGGGUAGGGGAACUUGUUGAAGAAGUGCAAGUGGAAGGGACAUUUCCUGAUGGCACUAAAUUGGUGAGCGAUUAAUAUGUAACUUCUCCCUAUAAUAUCCAUGCAUCAUCCAGCAAACUGGUGAUGAGGAUAUUCAAACUGAUCAGGUAGAAGUUGUUACCUUGAUCUUAUACCAAAUUUUUGUAACCAAUUUAUGUGGAAAUGGGUAGCAGCUAGAGGGGAAAAUUAACAAUUAGAUCUUGGGCGUAAAGGGGUUAAAAUAUUAAUAGUGGCUGACUAUAGAUUAAAAUAAAUGUUGUCUUUUUAUGUUAGAUGUUCUUCUGAAAUCAUUGUUGGCCUGGAAUAGACCAUUGUUUCAUUAUACACAUUGUGUUAGAAAAGUAUAAAGUUGCCAUUUUACAAUUCUGUCAGCUAUCAUUUUGUAACAUCUCCCUGAACAUUCAAAUUCAGAUCAAUGUCAUUAUUAUUCUGCACCCACCCCUCCCCUAACCAAACAGUCAACUGAUAACAAGUUAGGUUUAAUGUUGGGUUAGGGGAGGGGUAGGUACUCUGUUGCUCAGAUGCUGACAUUGAUCCUUGAAUGUUUUACCCUCAGGUCACAGUUCACAGUCCCAUAUGCCAAGAAAAUGGAGACUUGAAUCUUGCUCUCUAUGGAAGCUUCCUACCAGUACCUUCAGUGGAGAUAUUUUCAUCUGCAAGUGCUAAUGUUGUGUCUAUGGUGAGUGAUGUCUUGAAAUUCAAAGACUAACUUUUUAUAAUAACUGCAUACUUGCCAGCUGAUUUUAUGAAUUAACUUUUGAAAGGCUCAGUUAUCAAGUAUCCUCUUAAUUUAAAGUUAGAAAAUUGUACAUAAAGUAAUUGAUAGCUAACACUUCAGCCUAGUGGCCCAAACUGCCUAAGGCUGUCUGCAUCUUCAUAGCAUGAAGCACCUAUGAGUACUGCUACUCUCUCCAGGAUGGAUGCUUGUUUAUAGUUGGUUACCUUGCUGUGUUUGAUCUGGUUUCUCUGGUAGUUUUCCAGUGUCCCUUAACCCUUUAACUCCCAGAAGUGAUUAACACAUAACUUCUCCCUAUAAUAUCCAUACAUUAUCAAGCAAAAAGGUAAUGAGAAUACUCAAACUUAUCAGGUAGAAGUUGUCAUCUUGAUCUAACACCACAUUCUCAUAACUAAUUCACAAGGAAAUGUGUAGCAGCCAGAGGGGAGAAUUAACAAUCAGAUCCUUGGGAGUAAAAGGGUUGACCUUUACACUCUAACAUCAGUAUCCAUAUUCUCCAUACUCUUCUCUAAAAAAAAAGAUGCAUUUCCUUCGUUACUGACAAGGAGAAUUUGUUUAACAAUCAAAACCUCCCAUUAAUAAGUUGGAAAUCAUUUUCUUUUUUUCUCAUGAUCUUGAUGAAUGAUUGAGCAGUGUUACUCCAAGGAGAAAUUAGAUGCUGAUCACUCUUAGGAUUUAAAGUGUUAGUUAAUGUACUUGCAUUGCGAUAGGACUUGUUUUAUUUAAAAAAAAAACCCAAAGAGGGAUCUAAGCCUCAAGAUAAAUCUGGCGGUCUGAUGUGAUUUCCACUUGUUGUUAUUUUUCAAGGGUGGUAGAAAUUCACCUGGUGCCAUGAUUCCCUCGGUCAAAGGAGACAUUUUACUCAAUGCUCAGAGAAGGACAAUCAAACUGAAGGUCACAAGCUUGUGUGACCGGCCUAUUCAGGUAUGUCUGGCAAUAUUUUGCUCACUUGUCAAUUUAGAGGUAAAUAAUGAAAAACUUACAAUCGCUUCUUGUGUAAUAUGUAUAAUGAUUUGCUUGAGGUGUAGCAAGUACUUCAUAUCUUUAUAUGAGACACAGUUGAUGCAUGAAUCAGUAGAUUAUAGCAUUUCCAAAGAAAAAUUUGAAAUGUUGUAAUGUGAUAAAUUCCCUUUGCUGGGCUGCGGUGCAAAUGUAUUUCAUCAGCAUGUAAAAUGGGAAUGUGAAGAAAAGUGGCAAAUUUUAAUUUGACUACACAAAUUUGCUACAGCUAUGUUAUAAAAAAUGUGUUUUUUAAACUGGCUGAGCUCAAGUGAAUUUUGUCAUGAAACUCCAACCAAACACUAAUAACAAACUAGUGGUCAUAAUUAUAAUUAUGUCUGUGAUAGAUCCAGGGGGGAGGGUCUAGAAGGUCCAGACUCCCCCCUUUCUUAUUGGACCUGAGUGUUUUUUUUUUUUGACAACUUUUUUGACUCAAAAAAAUAUUGGCAAAUACAUAAUUGGAUUUUUCUUCUCAAUAUGAAGUGUUUAAAAUGUACUUGUUGUGAAAUAUUUUUUGCUUAUUUUAAGUAUUUUUUCAUAGCAUGAAUUUUUGGAAUCUGCAUGUUGUGUCAACCUGGUAUUUUGUCACAUUUCAACCCCUAGGUUGGAAGUCACUAUCAUUUCCUUGAGGCCAACAAGCAACUAGAAUUUGAUAGGGCAGCUGCCUAUGGUAUGAGACUGGUAAGAUUGACCUGUACUUAACCUUUUAUGCUUAGAGGUGAUGAAUAUGUAACUUCUCCCUAAAAUAUAACAGCAUUAUCCAGAAAUGAGGUGUUGAGAAGAUCAGAUUGAGGUUGUUAUCUUGAUAUAAUAUCGAAUUCUCCCAACUCAUUUAGAAGAGAAUGUGCCACAACUACAAGGGAGAUUAAACACAAAUUGAAUAUAUGUUAGAGAUGGACACUAGGUGUGGAAGUGGUUAGGAACUGGAUUUGAAAGCUGAACAUUCCAGGUCCAAAUCCUUGUCUUCAUCUUGGGUAUUCAAUUAGAUUUGUUCCUUAGUAAUCCUAAACUCAGCUCUCCAGCUGAGCCUUUGUUAAAUGUCAACUGAUUUGCCUUGCAGUAUUUGGAAUUUAUUUUCAAACUUAAAUUCUUUUCACUCUCUUUGUUAGACUUUUUUAUUUAGUGUCCUAAGCUCAAUUGGUGGUAACAAAAUUAAUAUAAAUUUGAAGUACCAAAUUAAAUUUUGAUGGUAAUAUUAAUUUUUGUUUAAUUUCUCAUUUAUUUUAAACAAAUAACUAGUUAUUUUAUCUGAAGGUUCAAUUAAGUACUGUAAGAGUGUUGUUAAACAUCCUCAAAUCCACCUAUGAAUUGAUGUUACCAACCCUUUGCCAGUUCACAUUUAAAUGCAUUAUAGGUCUACUUGCAUUCGAGAACUUAUUGAUUUGUGAUCUUUUUUAAAUGAUACAGAACAUUGCUGCUGGUACUGCAGUUAGAUUUGAACCUGGAGACACCAAAACAGUUGAACUGGUUGACAUUGCUGGAAACAGGUGAGUUGAGGGUUUUCUUUAGUUAUGCUUACAUAGAAGAUGAUAAAAACUAACCUUUUCUACUUGUAAAUUACAUGAUUUUUCUCCCUUUUACCCAACCUUUUCAAAUAGUUGUUAAGUUUGCCACUGAUCUUAAAAUAUCUCCCUUGCUAGAGUGGUUCGUGGAGGAAAUGGACUGACAGAUGGACCAGCUUUGCCCGAAAACUUGGACACUGUCAUGAAGAAGGUUGCUUCAAAAGGAUUUGCUCACAAGCCACAGGUUUGUAUAUUUAGUAAUAUUUAAACAUUUCAUACUAUUUGUAGCUGAUGAGGUACUCAAUCAUUGGGAACAAUCAAUCUUUAGAAAACUCGCUGAGUUUGAAGGGAAAGAUCAAGUGACCAAGAUAUGAAAUAAACCUAGUAAGAGGUCAGUGUUGGGAAAUUCCAGUUAGUUAAAAUCUCUGACUGAGGUCUUGUAACUCGUUGAUCCCUAAGAGAGACUGGUAUCUAAUUUCUCCUCACAAUAUCACCCCUGAAUCAAGUGUUGAGGUCAUGAGAAUGGAGGAAAUGAUUACAAAUCAAAGAAACUAGUGAUUGUUAAACAAAUUCUCUUUGUCAGCACCUUAGGACGUGUAUAGAGAACAGUAUGGAGAAUAUGCAUACUGAUUUUAGGGUGUGAAGGGUCAAAAACAUGCUGCCAGAGGCUUAUGAACCAAAGCCAAACAAAAAAACUUGCAAAAACAUUCAUUUGAUUACUGUGCCAUGACCUCAGGAGAUGGGAACAUCUGUAAAACACUAAGAACCCAUUAGUUAGAUAGCAUGAUUUGCUACAGUACCUCCAUGCAAGUUAACUUUUUAUUCUUUCAUUCGUGGAUUAAACCCAGAGAUUACAAAAAGUUACUUGUCACUUGCUGGCCACAAGCUGUUUAACUUUAAAGUUAAGGAGGCAGUAAUCUUGCUAAAUAAUUAUAAUACAUAUAUGAUUAAUUAUGUAAUGAUAUCACAUUAUCUUGAACUGUUUUCAUGUGACAAUAGGAUAAACUUGAUGCUGGUGUCAGUAAAGUGACUAUUCCAAGACCACUGUACAUUGACAUUUAUGGCCCAACUGUUGGAGACAAGGUUUGUCUGACUUAAACUGCUAACAAAACAUUUUACAAAUAAAGAAAUGAUGCUUGCAGGUGAGCUGCAAUCAAAGUCACUGCCAAAAAUAAAUUUGAAAACAAUAAUUGUAGGCUUUGAUAAGAUUCAAACCCAGGCCUCCCAGAUACUAGUUGCCAACUGAGUGCUAAUAGGACAGUGUCAUGCUUGUAAUUGGAUGGUGUAAUAGGACAGUUCGAGUGAUAGUUAACUCAUCAUACCUGUGUGAGUGGACAGAACAUGAAAUGUGUGUGCACUAGCUGUUGUCUUGCAUUUCACAGAGUUAAUUGUUUUAGUCUAGUUUCUUUUUCAAAUUUUGUAAUUUGGUAACAGGACUUCUUGUUUUCAAUUCUGUUUGUAAUCAUACUCCUGAUUAACAAAAUUAAUCUGACUUCCACUUUGUGAUUGUCCAAUUUUUUGAUCACUCCUUUGGUAUAGACUGUCAGUAGUGGACUCCACUCAGUCCUAUUACCAUUAUUAAUUACAAGCCUGAAGAGCUGCUAUCAGAGGAGAAACAGAGUUUUCAUUAACCAGUCAUUAAAUAUUGCAUGUUUCAUUGAGGAGGAAAAUAUGGCUAGCCAGUUACGACAGGUUUAGGAUAUUUAAAUGAUUUUAUAGAUGUUAAUGUUGCAUGUUUGCCAAAGUGAAUUUUAUUGUUCCUCUUGAUCAGGUCUGUCUUGGUGACAGUUGUCUCAUCGUUGAGGUGGAAAAAGAUUACACAGUGUAUGGAGAUGAACUUAAAUUUGGAGGUGGAAAGGUAAGCUCUUAUUUUGUAAUCAAAAUUACCUUGUAAAAUCAUUUGUUUUUUUUGUAUCAAUUUGUGUGUGAAACCCCUUCUUGUAGUAUCAGAAAGUUUUGUGAACAACCAUUUUGGCCGAGGAUUAGUAAGAUCUUCUGCUUCUUGUCAUAUAAACCUUUUAUGUUGUGAGAACAUUAUAUUUCUCUCAGAAUUUCACACUCAUUCUUGUCACAAAUUCUCGUCAGCUGCAUUAGUUUGAUUUCUUAUCUUCCCUACAGGUUUUGAGGGAAGGCAUGGGCCAGGCAGCAAAUGUCACCAAUGACACAGCUCUGGACACUGUCAUCACUAAUGCCCUGAUUGUGGAUGCAGUUGCUGGUGUUAUAAAGGCUGACGUGGGAAUAAAGGUGUGUCCUCUGCACUAGUGUUACUAAAUAUGACGAAGUACCACAAAGUACCUCACAAAGGUUUGGCCCGGGGUGGAAAGGGGAGAGGGGGUGACCCCAAUGCUAUUUGACAUUUUCAGGAGUUAGAAAGUCAAUUUUCCCACACUUGGGUAUCUAUGAUAUAACUGUCAAAAUUACACCCUAAGAGACCAAAGAGGCCAUUUCACAUGGCCUUCUGAGAUGGCAGUCAGGUCAUGUUCCUGACCCUAAAGCAGUGUGUAAACAUUAAAAUUCCCUACCUAGAGUAGGGUCCUAUGAGUCAAUUUCAAGUGGGUAGCCUGUCCACCCCCUUCCAUCCUGGGAAAAGCAUUGAAAGCUCAUAAUUCUCAGAAAAUGUAAAUGCAACAUAGAUUCUUUCAGUUCAGUUAGUCUCUGAUUUUGUGUGAUGCACUGUUGUGUAUUACAAACCUGUGAUUAUAGCUUGAGGUAUUUAUUCAUUGUUGUUAUUGAUUCUAUUGUUUUGUUCCUAUUUGUUUAGAAUGGUAUGAUUUCUGCCAUUGGAAAAGGUGGUAACCCAGAUGUGAUGGCAGGUGUCACAGAGGUUGGUAAAUUAUACAUUUUUCAUCAUAAUUUAUGACAAAAUAUUUUUGAAAGGUGAUUUGUGAUGCACUUGUAAGCAUCUCCCUUAAGUACAUCUCAAUUAUAUAUUAUUUAAUUUGACCCUAUGGCAGCUGUGCCAGUGGUUUAGUAUUAAACUAUGAUCAUAUCUUAAGACACUCAAUUUUUUGGAUAGGGAAUGGAUGUUUAAGAUUCCUAUUAAUAAAAGCUUUGCUUAAAUGUUUCUGUAAAUUUAAGCUCAUCAUUUAGUUAUUUCAUGUUAGGGGAUGGUUUGUGGUGUUGGCACAGAAGUCAUAGCUGGUGAAGGACUCAUCUUGACAGCAGGUGGGAUUGAUGCACACAUUCACUUCACUUGCCCACAACUUGCCGAAGAAGCGAUUGCAUCUGGACUUACCACCAUGGUUGGAGGAGGCACUGGUAUGGAGUUUUCUGAUAAUUUACAAUGAAAAUUAAUUACCUUGUUGAAGAAGAGUUUUUCCUUCCCUUAACCUGUUGGACCUUUAUUUAUCACUGCGUCUCAUGGUCAUCACCUAAUAAUUUUUGUCAAAAUAGUUAGAGUGGUCUGGGAAAGGAAAUUUUUGAAAUAUGCUAUAUCAUGUGGAAUGACUCAAAUAUGCAUGGAACAUACCAUUAACCAGAAGGUGUGUAAAUUCUUAAACUACCUGUUCGUGUCGAUAAGAAAUUCAACUGGCAGCUGGAUAUUAAUUUUUCAGUAAUCACACCACUUAGUCAUCAAAUAAUAUAGAAGGAACACUACCAAGUAGAGACCUAACAAGUUAUUUAGUGGUCACUGAUGGAAACAACUAUUUUCACUCAAAUCAUAAACUAAUUUUAAAAGUGAUUGUCUGACAAAUUUCUCACUUCAAACAUUUUUGUUUUGUUUUUAACAGGGCCUGCAACAGGUACUUGUGCAACCACUUGUACUCCUGGACCAAACCACAUCAAGUGAGUUAUGUAAUUACAUUCCAUGGUGAUGAAGAUGUGAUUAAAAAUUACACCACAAUCUUAAAUUUAAGAAGUAUAAAUACAUAAACAUACAUAAAUGUGUGAUUGUUCAAAAAUAAUUUUAUUAAUGUUUCAGGGCAAUGAUUCAAAGCACAGAUGGUUUUCCUCUUAACUUUGGCUUCACAGGUGAGCUAAGUUUAGUUUCUUUGAUUCUUCUUUCCUAGAUUUUCCGUAACUUGUUACUGACCAUUCUGAUGAAUCUAAUUCAAAAUCAUUUCUGCUUUUAGGCAAGGGAAACACUUCAAAGUCUAGUGGAGUUGCAGCAGAGUUAGAAGAACAAAUUAAGGCUGGUGCAAUAGGGUAAGAAAUAUUCCUUUAGCCCCUAAGGGAGACUGUAGGCAUCUAAUUUCUCCUUAAUGAUCACCAACCAAACAAGCUCUUGAUUUCUCAACAAAUUCUCCAUAAAAGUAUCCUAGGAAAUGUAUACAGAACAGUAUGGAGAAUAUGCAUACUGAUGUUAGGGUGUGAAGGUUUAAUAAGACAUAGGGAAAUUCUGUAAAAGAAUAAUAGCUUUCUAUAAGCUUUAAGAGUGCAUUUUUCCUUUUACAUGUAGGUGACAUAAAGGAAACUAAAUUUAAAGGGAAAACAAAACAUUAGACUUUAAAUGUGGAAAAAAAGGGAAAGAUAAAGCUGUUGUCUUUUUCCUGCCAGAAUUUUACAUUUUAUUAAAAUCUGGCUUUUUUGGAUCACUUGCAGCUGUAGAGUCAGUAUUCAUCUAAUUUUCUUUGUUUCCAAACAGGUUAAAGCUCCAUGAAGACUGGGGAACAACCCCUGCUGCAAUUGACUGUGCACUGACUGCUGCUGAGAAACAUGAUGUGCAGGUGAGUAUUAGCAAUUAUUUAUUAAUGAUUCAUUAAUUAUAAUUAUUAAUGAUAAAUCAUUAUCAAAUACUAUAAUGAUGCUUCAAAUUUCACUUAGUAAUGUUCAUGAUUGUGGUGAACAUUCUGUCAGUUAUGAUUAUUGUUAUUUUUUGUAGAUUACCAUCCAUACUGACACACUGAAUGAGUCAGCUUGUGUCGAGCAGUCAGUGGAAGCUUUUAAGGUGAAUGUAGAUUUGAUAUUGUUGCACAUGGACCAUCAGUAUAAGGGGCUGCAUUUACAUAGUUAUCAAAUGGAACAGAGAGGGGAUGAGUUGUUGCUUAUGAAGUUUAAGGGGGGACUAUUUAGUAGAAAAUUGACUGCCAAUCAGUAUGUGGGGCUGCAUUUAUGUAGUUUUCAAAUGGAACAGAGGGGGGAUGAGUUUUUGCUUGACUGCCAAUCAGGGGUAUCAUUGGAAUACAACUGACAGAGCCUUGGGGGAAUGAGGGAUCAGAUGAAUUUUGUGGCACAACCAAAAUCUUCUGACCCUUCUCCCCCCUCCUCCCAGGAAAUAAACAGUAAAUAAUCACCAGUCCCAAAGUGAAAUAUUUCAGCCUUUCUUAUGCCUCACUCAGUUGAAUGAAAACUUGAUGCACUGAAGCUGCAAAGGUCACAACAUGGAGUGACUUUUAAGCAUCGGGCUAGGUCCUUUUCCUCUUAAUGGGUUGAUAGCCCUUUCCUUUACCAAAACUAAUCAUACUCUGUUAUGGAGAGAAUCAUACAAGGAGUGAUGCAUCUCGCUGAACACCAAAACACAUUUAACUUCUAUGCUGAAAAGGGACUUGAACCCAAUCUGUGAUCUGCUGUUUGGAACUAAUCGGCUUUCCUGUCCAUCACAUUUGUCUAACAAAUCUGUUGUCCUCGCAUGAUUACAGGGUAGAACUAUCCACACCUAUCA